UGAAUUGUCAGUUGUUUGGUUUCGGUGCUAUUACUUUCUGUCAGUGACUUUUCGUUCGUUGGUUGUUCGUGUCGUCUUCUUGGGUGUGGAAAUGUCUAUCGAGGCCUAAGCUGUGAGGCAUUGUGUGAACGAUGAAAAGUAGCCCCACGCGCAAAUAUGAAAAUUUCUCCAACGACCAGCCUGGGAAGGAAACGGACAAGUAUUCUUUAGACAGCCAAGACACCGCCAGUGUGCAUUCCACGGAGGAGGGGGGCGGGGGGCGGCGUGGGUUGAUCGACGUGAGCGCAGGCGCAGGCGACAUGUGGAUCAGCGCCGUCGAGAGCUCCAUACUGGCCUGGGAGGAGGUGGCUGAACGUCUGAAAGUGGACGUUCGCCGCGGCCUCUCAUGGCGGGAAGCAAACGAUCGUAUGAACUUUGUUGGCCCCAACGAGUUCCAAGUGAAGGAGCAGGAACCAUUAUGGAAGAAGUACAUAGAACAGUUCCAGAAUCCGCUCAUCCUGCUGCUGCUUGGCUCAGCAGUGGUGAGCGUCUGCAUGCGGCAGUUCGACGAUGCCAUAUCCAUCACCGUGGCCAUCAUGAUAGUAGUGACAGUUGCCUUCGUCCAGGAGUAUCGCUCCGAGAAGUCAUUGGAGGAGCUGAACAAACUGGUGCCGCCAUCUUGCAACUGUCUCCGAGAAGGUAGCCUCGAGCACUUCUUAGCGCGAAACCUGGUGCCCGGUGACAUCGUCCAUCUUAAUGUCGGCGACCGCGUGCCGGCCGAUCUCAGGCUCUUCGACUCCACAGACCUGGCCAUUGACGAGUCCUCGUUCACUGGAGAGACGGAACCGGCUGUCAAAAGCGUGCUGCCUAAUAAAGCCGCUGCCGGGAGGGUGAACAAGGAUAAUAUUGCGUUCAUGGGCACCCUUGUGAGGUGUGGAAAUGCUAAGGGUAUUGUAGUAAGCACAGGCGAGCGAUCAGAAUUCGGAGACAUAUUCCGAAUGAUGCAAGCUGAGGAGGCUCCCAAGACUCCGCUGCAGAAGUCCAUGGAUACUCUGGGCGCUCAGCUGUCCAUGUAUUCGUUCUGCAUCAUCGGCUUCAUCAUGGUGACUGGUUGGCUCCAAGGGAAGGCUUUGCAGGAGAUGUUCACCAUCAGCGUUAGUUUGGCUGUCGCUGCUAUCCCUGAGGGUCUACCAAUCGUGGUGACGGUGACCUUGGCUCUGGGCGUGAUGCGCAUGGCUAAGAGGAAUGCCAUCGUGAAGAAACUGCCCACUGUCGAGACCCUUGGUUGUGUAAAUGUUAUCUGUAGUGAUAAGACCGGAACCCUUACUAAGAAUGAGAUGACAGUGACAACGAUAUCGACGUCUGGCGGCCAUAUUGCCGAAGUAACCGGCACUGGGUACAAUGCGUGCGGCGACAUACAGUUGAGGGCGUACAAGGGACGGGAUUUGGACGUAGCUCGGAUGGCUGUUAAUACUAUGUUAGAGGUGGGCGUACUGUGUAAUAAUGCGACGAUCCGGGACGAUACUUUGUACGGACAGCCGACAGAGGGCGCGCUACUAGCCGUUGCGCUUAAGAACGGUAUGCGUGAUGUCCGGGAUGACUAUACGAGACUCCACGAGAUUCCUUUCAGUUCUGAAACAAAGAUGAUGGUAGUAAAAUGCGCUCCCAAGUUCGGAGACGCUAAAUUAAAGGAAGAAGUCUUCGUAAAGGGAGCUAUUGAGAAAGUGUUGCCACUCUGCACUCAGUACAUCGAUAGCAGUGGCAACUACGCGCCAAUGACUAAGGAGAAACAGAAUGAUUUCCUCGGGGAAGCUUACAAUAUCGCAAGGAUGGGUCUCCGUAUAAUAGCGCUGUCCCGCGGGGCGGGCAUGGAGUGCCUGUCGUUCGCGGGCGUGUGCGGCGUGUGCGACCCGCCGCGGCCGGGCGUGCGCGAGGCCGUGGCCACGCUGGCGCGCGCGCACGUCGCCGUCAAGAUGCUCACCGGGGACGCGCGACCCACGGCGCUCGCUGUCGCUCAAAUGGUGGGUUUAGACGUAUUACACUCUCAGUCGCUGGCCGGAGACCAGCUCGACGCCAUGUCUGAUGAGGAACUGGACCGGAUGAUCGACACUGUAAGCGUAUUCUACAGGGUGACACCAAAGCAUAAGUUGGCUGUAGUGAAGUCACUGCAGCGAGUGGGCAAUAUUGUGGGCAUGACAGGUGAUGGUGUAAACGACGGUGUAGCUCUCAAGCGCGCAGACAUUGGUAUCGCGAUGGGUCGCAAUGGUACCGACGUCUGCAAGGAAGCUGCCGACAUGAUUCUUGUUGAUGACGACUUUGGAACUAUUAUCUCGGCCAUAGAAGAAGGAAAAUGUAUCUUCUACAACAUCCGCAACUUCGUCCGCUUCCAACUGUCCACGUCUAUCGCGGCUCUAUCACUCAUCGCGCUCGCUACUCUCAUGGGUAUACCAAAUCCGCUGAAUGCCAUGCAGAUUCUCUGGAUCAAUAUUAUUAUGGACGGUCCGCCGGCGCAGUCGCUGGGCGUGGAGCCGGUGGACCACUCGGUGCUGCGGCGGCGGCCGCGGGACACGUCGCGCCGCAUCAUCUCGCGCGCGCUACUGCUCAACGUACUGCUCGCCGCCGCCAUCAUCAUCGCGGGCACGCUCUGGGUGUUCAACAGAGAGAUGUCAGACUCCCGUAUAACUCCCCGCGAUACUACAAUGACAUUCACCUGUUUCGUACUAUUCGACAUGUUCAACGCGCUCUCGUGUCGAUCGCAAACCAAGUCUGUAUUCGAAGUGGGACUGUUCUCUAACAAGAUGUUCUUAGUGGCAGUCUCACUGAGUCUCGUGGGACAAAUGUUGGUGAUAUACUUCCCACCGUUGCAGAAGGUUUUCCUAACUGAAGCGCUCACUGGACAUGAUUUAAUAUUCCUGGUAAGUCUAACGUCAAGCGUGUUCAUAGUGAGCGAAAUUAAGAAGUUGAUUGAGCGAAGCCUGAAGAAGCGCGCGGCAGGUAAGUUCACGGGCAAGUCCCGGGACGCCAUGGACUUUGUAUGACACAAGCCCGACGGCAAGGCGCAGUAAGUGGCCCGACCGCUCGACCAAACACAUUGGGACUAAUAAACUUUCAAAAUUUGAGUGUCGCGGGAGUGAGUGAGUCGCGGGAGAGUGAGAUUGAGUCUCAAUCUCCACCCUUCUCCAUAUACGACGGAAAAAUCGAUAUUCCUAUGAGUUUUUAGAAAUUACCGCAGUAUUUUUGUGUGAGGUUGUUGAUAAAUAAGUUUGUUUCUUAAGUAAGUGUAGAUUUUCGAUCGGUGUUUUUUAUGCGCGACACGAAUUCGAUAUUUUUUGGUUAUUUUAUUGAGUUGAAACGUGUCUGUCGUAUAUGGUGUGCUGUGUAUGUACGUUGAUGUUGUAGUAAGAUAGUUUGUAUGUAGACAAUUGGCGCAUUCUAACAUUGCAGAGUCAUCCACUAAGUUAUGUUUGUAGAAUGUUGUUAUUAUAUUAUCAAAUCUCAUUAGAUCGUUUAAAUAGUGUUAAGAUGAUCUGCAAUGUUAGAGUCGUUUAGUAAAGGGAGACAUCUCUCAAUUAUGCAUUUAAAUUAUGACAUUUGACAUGAAAAUGAACAAUAGUUAUGUAAUCGAUGUGACAGUGUUAAUAUCAUUAUGAUAUCUAGAACUUAUUCAAAAGAAUAUGUACUACAACUUUUCAUAAAUAUGUGAAAAAGUUUUAAUAGAUGAAAUCUCUAAAAAUCCCAACUCAUGUGUUGAUAAAAGCAUUCCUUCAUAAAAUACUAAGGCUGAGAUGUGAAACAUAAUUUCACUCUAACACAAAAUCAAAUAUUUUUUGCGCUACAUUCGGCGGCGCCACUGUCGUUUUAAGUCGUGUUCAGUACAUAAACGCAAUUUUAUAAUCCAAUCAAUCCUGAAAAUGGUCUUUACACUUAUUUGCUACAGUAGCGCCGCUAAGCGAACAUCGUAAUUUUUUCUACCAAAAUACAUGUAAAAGAUCUCAGCCUUUAUAUGAAUUAUAUUAGUAUUGCUAGAUGGAAGCACCAGUGACUAUAUUAUGACUUAUUUUAAUAUUUAUGAAUUUACACGUUACCGUCAAUAACCAGUUCGUGUGACCUCUCUUUAUAAUGGAAGUUCAUAUAAUACUAGUCCAGGUAAUUGUGGACGUUUGGAAUCUUAUGUUACCAUGGUACUAAAAGAGAAGAACUACACGUACUAGGUCAGCAUUUAAAUUUAAGUAUGCUUUAAAUACCCAGUGUUAGAAAGAGAUCUAACUAUUGUUCGAUGAUAUAAAAUAGUGCCAUUUCUUUGUUUGUUUCCUAUCUUUAUUUUUCCAUAUUUUAUCAGUCACCAGUAGCACUAAUAUCAAAGAUGACGGUAACGUACCAACUUCUCAAAAAUAUCGAUAAAAUUUGAGGUGUAUUACACCUCUAUUAUGAAAGCAAAAUAUAUGAAUUACUACAUAUUUAUUUCUCACGCUCGAAUAGUGAAAGGCUUCUCAUUUUAAGUCGUGCUUAAAUAUAGUUCUGCCACACAAAAUAACAGAGAUGACACGAUAUUUAACUACAACUUAAAAUUGAAUAGCCUGUCAUUAUACCGGCGUCAAUGUUAUAUUUAGACAAUCAAUGUUGCCAGCUCGCUUGAAUAUUUUAGAAGGUUUUUAGCUUCGAUAGUGAAUAAAGUUAUGAUAUUAGAUUAAUGUUCUUGCGUAAUUUAGGCUGGGUUUGGCUACAAGAAACAAAAUAGAGAUGCGAACCAUAUUAUCGAAUAAAAACAUUCAAAUAUCGAUAUUUUAAAAUCGUAGUGUUACCAUUUAAAAACAUUUUCCGACUAGCAAACCCAGCUAGAAAUUCUGUGUCUAUAACAUAAGUGAUUGUAUUUUAAAUAAAUUAUAAAUGAACGGGUAUAUUCAUGUCAUGUUAGAGAGGGAUAACGCUAUAUAACUAGUAUAUGUCUAUCUCUUUCAACUAAUGCGGUAGUAACACAAAUGGUUUUAGCUUAAUGCUAUGUGAAUAGCACUAAAAAAGCAGCUUCAAUCGCUUCUCGUCGCUUUAGAAAAUCUAAUUUAUUAAGAUAAUGUUGUUAACGUAAAAUUUUGCUUAUGUCACUUAAGAUAAAUUGACUCAUAUAGACAUUUGAAAUAAAAUUUAACAUUUCAACCAAAAUCACGAUUUAAUCAAGUGAUUUUGAGCUGUACUUUCAUGAGAAUAAGAUGUAUAGAUUUAUGCAAACUUAUAUUUUCACUAGACGUCAUCUCUAUGCCUUUGGUAUAAAAGUCACAAUUGCUUGAAUAAAUUGUAAACGGAUUUGUAGAGGCUAUUGUUACUUCAAAUGGAUAAAGUAAGUCAACAAAAACGUUGGCACUUAAAAAAUAAAAAAAUGUAUUAGAGUUUGUGGACCAUAGAUGUUGAAUUAUCUAAAGAAAAUGAUAUUUAAUAAUAUCUAUGCGAAAUCAUAAUAUAAGCGUGUGACGCAUAGUUUCAAAAAAGUGUGGGCAGCAUUGUAUCACCCUAUAUAAUGUUAAAUCUUAAAAUCUAGGUAUAGAAACCCAAAGGGGAAUUAAAAAAAAUACCUAAAAAAACAUGUAGUGACAAAAAAUUAAUUUAAAUUAUUGAUAUUUAAAGUAUACUUGAUAAAUACGAUGUCUAUCUCAUGGACACAACGUGCAACGCACCACGUAACUUUGCAACACCUUUCGUAUUACAUGCUAUGUUACAUGUUGCUGUUACGUGAAUUUCUGACGACUUCUUAACCUGUAUUAGAAUGAAAAUGCUUUAAACACUUGUCUAGAUUUCUAGGCUCCUUUUUCACGAAUGUAUACUGAAAAUUUCAGUGUUUAAAACUGUUUAAAAUACUUAAAACACGUUUUGUGUAGGAUCACUCCUACACAAAACGUAUUUAAUCACUUAAAUACUCCUUUUUAAAAGUAACUAGCAGCGGUCUAAAUUUUAUUAAAAUUGUGGGAAAAAAUAUAUAAUAUGUCCUAUAUUAUUCGAUGUAACAUGUUUGCUGUAAUAUAGCUUGAAACAGCUUAUAUUAGCACGAAUAAAUGAAUAUUAUUCUUAUUACUUAAUCUAAUCAAAUUAAUAUAAAACUAUAUGAUUAUACUAUCGUAUAUAUGAUGUCCUAUUCAAUGAAAUCUUAUGAUCGUACGUCGAUCGGAAUUUUAAUCUUAUGUCUUUUAUAGUAAAAUGAUCCUUAAGUAUUUACGAUAAAGUUCAUUUAACCGAAUAUUUAGUAUUGAACAGACGACAAAGUAUACUUUUUUGGGUUAUCUAGCUAACCAAUGAGUGCUUGAUAGUUCUCAUUAAAACGCAAAUAAUAAUAAAUCGAAAUACAUUUGUUAUUUUUUAUGAUCUUUUGCAGUUUCAUUUCCAAAAAGGUUGAGAUUAAAAUUCCAAUCGUACAGUAUGUUCCCUUGAAACAAUUUCGUUUUGGGAGUGAGUGUUGGCUGUGAUAAUCAAUAAUAUGGCCCCGGAUGAUAUUACAAGGUUUUUAUUGUAUUUCAAUUCUGUUAUUUUUGUGUACAAUGGCGACAGUUAACUUGGUGAGGUGAGAUAAACUGCAACGACUGCAAAAAUAUAUUGAUAUCAAAACUAUUUUUAACAAUAUCAAAUGAAAGCACAAGAACACUGGCAGCCAAAAUUACUAACCCACGUCUAAUUAUUCGGAUGUAAGUCUAUGAUAAAAAUUCAGUGUCAAAAAACUACAUGGAGCCAAAGACUAGAAAUCAGAUCGGUUAUUAUUACUGACCGUAAAAUUGUGGUAUCUUGCAGUCUAUCUGCUCUCUCUCAUGAAUAUGUCCGUAACACGUCCUUCAUUUUAGUAUUUGAUUUGACAAGGGCCGAAAAUUCUACAUAUCAUAGUAGAAUUUAGGCCUAAUUUUUAUUGAUUUUAACAAUCUCGCCCCCAUAUCAUUGGGAGUAACAAAAUGUAAGGCGAAUGGAUGUACCACAGGUACUCCGCUCAUUGCGCCUUUUCGGAGAAUUACAGGCAUAUUUUGUUUUUGCAUGUACAAUACCUAGCGAUAAAUAUUUCACGACCUUUGGAAGGCUACAAUUGGUCAGGCCGCCGCAUGCACUCUCCUCGAAUCAUAAAAGUUUUGUAGAAAUAAAUUGUUUCGUAAUAUCACACAUAAUUGUUUCUUUCCAAAAGUCGAUGCGCAAUAUUUAACGCCUGGUAUUGUAUCAAUAUUCGUAAAUCUCAUUUGUUUGGUCUAAUAAGGUGCUUGGAAGACUGUAUGAGAGUUGGUGGCGAUAUAUAUUGUAAUCUUAAUACAAUUAAUUUUGUCCAUUUAUUUCUAUUAUGUCUGCUAGAAACGGAUUUUUAUGUAAAAUUUAUGAAAACAGGGAAAUUGUUAAUGUUUACGUCGAAGAACUAGUGUUGUCAACGGUCUGUAGAAAUAAGUAUCGAUACAUACUAUCGAUAUUUAAUUUUGUAUUUUGAAUUUAAACUUUGUCUUUAGUCAUCACCUAUGUUAUCCGUUUCUAGAGUUUACACGAAGGUUUUUCUAAACAAUUGUUUUUAUUUAGUAGAACAACGUAACGUCACAGAUGUCAUAAUGUUUGUUAGUCAAAUGUAAUUCCUUUUAUCUAUUAGUUAAAUUAUGAAAUCGUAUCAAAACUUCUGCUUUUAAGUAUUUAUGAUCUUCGACGCGACUUUUGAACGACUUGCCAUUAUUAAUUUUAAUUAAGUACAUACAAUUUUGUUGAUGUUGUAGUAUUAUGUGAAUUAUAGACAGUUAUGUAAUUGUCGUAUAUUUUUUUAUAAUUCCGUUUUUAUUUUCUUUCUCAUAGGAAUAAUUUUGUAAUGAACACCAGAUAUUGUUAAGUAAUCAUUGAAUAUUCGUGUCGAGUAGUUCAAAAGACGUGAGUUUGUAUGAAAUAGAAGUGAUAGGAUGUAAUGUUUCUAUGUGAUCCCGAGUCAUAUCUGUAAGUUUGUGUCUCUGCGACUUAUAUUAUCUUCUAGCUAUCGUUAUACUAUCGCAGGGCCGUCAUCUAGCGAAUAUCGACAUUUUAUUGUCUUAAUCAAAAGUCGAUUUAUGAAUAUCGGUGUUCGCUAGACGUGUCCCCUCACUAUAAUUAAGAUAUUUGAUGUUUUUAAACUACCUACAAGUAAAUGUUAAGUAGGGAUUGACUCUCUGUAGUAAUUUAAGGCACUUAGGGCAUUUUAAAAGGACGUAGGAGGUUACAAAUUUGAAUGUAUUUGAAAUUAUAACAAAAAAAAUUAAAAUAAAAAAUAUUUAAUGUAAUAUCAAUUAAUUGAUCAAAGUAUUUGUAGUCUUUUAUAAGGUUGGGUGGGGUUGUAACCGUUGUGGGACUAACAGGAGACGAAAAAACAUGUAACAUAAACAAAUGUCAACAUUAAGAACAUAUUUUAUUUGUUGUUGUAACGGCCGUAUACAUCUUAUGUAAUAGGUAUCAAUAUAAACCAUUGUGUAAUCAAGCUAUGAAAAAAAAAACAAUUAAAAAUAGUACCUAUAACCUUAACCAUAACGGUCAUAAUCCCACCCAAUAUUUUGUAUUCUAAAUACAUUUUCUCAAUCUGUUUUCACCUCUUUGUAAAAUAGUGAAAUUGUGAAUUAAACCAGUUCUGAAUAAUUACAGUUGUAACAAAUUGGUGGUUGUACUGUUUAGAGAUGGUUAACUUAAAUAUUUAACUCUUACUGUGGUUCUCAGAUACAUUUAAUGCUUACUUAAACUUAAAAUAUUCCUUAGUAACGACUUUGUUCCAAAAACAAUCGCUAAGGACUGGGUUGAGCAGCCAUUAACCUCUGGUAUGCCGAGGACGUACAUAUACGCGAAACACAAUGUGUUUUCUAUUAUGUCUCAUAUACUGGCAGAUAAGGGGUUAAACGACUUUGAGGACGGCGGUUACAGUGCCACGCGAGUCCCCGGUGCUAGACUCUAGUGGAAGUUUGACUUUCACCAUCUUAAAGUUGGUAGUUAAAAUGUUAAGUAUGUUUUACAAGGAACAAGUUUAAAUUGCUAACUGACUUAUUGAAACUCAAUCUAAGAAAAAUUGAUUCUUAGGCUGUAGUAAUAGGGGUGAUGUUUCAAUGCACAAAUACAGAUUCAUUUUGAAUGAUCUAAGCUACUUGUUAACAUCUUUAAACAGUGUGGCCAGCCCUCAAAAUGAUAGUCAAAUACGUUAAUGUUUCGUAUAGCGAAGAAUUCUAUUAUCUUAGCUGUGCAGACAUGUACACCGUGCAAAUAAAAUAGUUCCAAAUGUG